AUACAAUCAAUUUAUCUUAAGCCUUUUUCUCUAUUCUAUAUUCUCUUUACUAUUGUUCAUCCUUUCUAAUUCUUCAAAGUCAUAACAAAUUAAACCAUUUUAAUUAUUUGUACCAAAAUGGCUUCUCAAGUUUGUGAAACUUUGGCUUAUGAUGUGGAAAUGAAGGGUGAUCUUCUUAUGUCACUAAUGGAAGAGUUACCAUGUGAUGAGAGUAAUGAUGAAAGGUUAGAUAGUUUAAUAAGAUCUUUUGAGGCUGAAAUAAGUGAAAGCAAGAUGGGUGGCCAUGAUAAUUCAACAUGCAUAGGAUCACAAUUGAAGAGCAAUUUUGAAGAAUAUUAUAAUGAAUCAUGGAACAUUGGACAAGUGGUAGAGGAGGGAUAUCAUGACUUUGGAGUUGAAUGGGUGGAUAUGGAUAUGAUGACAUCCUUUCAAUUUGAUGAUGGAAGUAAUUGGGGAGAUGAGAAGGAUGUGAUGAUUGAUCAUUUUAUGGUUGGUGAUGAUGGGUUUGAUAUGGAAGAGCAUGCUUACAAUUCCUUUUGGCAAGAUAGUUAUGAGAUAGGGUUGGUGCAUUAAUUUGUUAUGGAUUAUGUAUAGACUAUGUUGUAAUUAUUUCUCAAUCUUUUUUUUUUUGUUAUGUAUAGCUGGGCUGAGAUUAUAUGCAAAAAGAGUAUAUGAAUUUGGAAAUCGAAAUAUGAGUCUCUUAAUUA